AUGGAGGAGUCCGAAUUAGAAAGACUGAAGCGCGCUCUUGCUGCCGCUGAACAACGUGCAGACGCAGCCGAACAACGUGCAGACACGGCAGAACAACGUGCAGACACGGCAGAACAACGUGCAGACACGGCAGAACAACGUGCAGACACGGCAGAACAGCUGACAACGAGAACGUCUUUCCCUCAAUACAUUCAACUGUGCCACGAGCACUUUACCGUCCCUCUUCGCGUCGAGACCGAUCAGUCCCUCACAACGGGUGGAUCUAUCACCAACCCUCGAGAAAAAAAACAUCCAACCUAUCUUCGCCCGUGGGAUGAUUUUCCUCAAACGCACCUGCGCUACUUUGACGCUGCAUACAGUGUCUUGUACGAUGACAACGAGCGCCUGUUGUUCAGUCCUCGAAUUGCCCUUGAAGAGGAAGGAAAAACUGUCUGUGAUCGUGCACUGACAAGUGAGAAAGACCUGGAAUAUUAUGAUCGUGCUGCUGUCGAAGCGAAGGUUAAAAUGGUGUUGCAAGAGCUAUUGUCUUUGGAAGACGCGCGCGACCUGGUGAAUGGAUACACUGACAUUGAAUUCUGCAAUCACCUUAACUCGUUGCGGCAGGCACCGCAGAGCGAGACUAAAAGACCGCGACCGUCGGCGGUAGAUCAGGCCUGCAUCUUUCGACACUCAAGUGGUGAGCGCAGUCUACUUGUGGUUCGCGAGUAUAAGGCGGCGCAUAAACUCAGCACCGCAUACUUGCGCGCUGGGCUUCGGCCGAUGGCAGUCCGAGCUGAAGUUGUUCAGCGUGCUACUAUUCCCAACGAUCCGGCCGACAGAUUACAGUACCACGCCGAACGACUCGUGGCUGCGGCCGUGACACAGACAUUUGAGUACAUGAUCGACAAUGGUCUUGAGUAUGGCAGUUUCACAACGGGAGUCGCCGAAGUCUACCUGCGUGUUCUGAAAGAUGAUCCUAAAACAGUCUACUACUACCUGACCGAGCCGCAGCUUGAUGUCGCCCCUGCCGACCCAGCUGGUUUCCGCUACCCGUUUACCGCCGUUAGCCGGCUGCUCGGAUUUUGCCUCAUGGCGCUGCAUGCUCCCGUGCGACCGCAGUGCUGGCGGCGUCACGCUUCGGAGCAGUUGGGCGUGUGGAAGGAGGAUUUCGACGAGAUACUCCGCCAAAUUCCGGAUGACGAGCUGCACCAGUCGCCUCACGAGUCACUGUACUCCUCCCCACACUAUCCAGUCAAUCCUCGGUCUCCUUACUUGACACGCCGUCGGAAGUUGAUCUUGGAGCCAGAUGAUGAACCUGAACUUGCCUCGGCGAGAUCGGACACCUCGUCCGAGGACCCUGGCGAUCCUGCAUCAACAAUGCCUGACACGCCAACGCGUGCCACAACUGCAAAGCGGAAGCGUGAGUCAACGGAAACCACGUCUCGGGUUGGAGCGACACAACCUGCAACGUCCGGACAGCGACAAGCGAGGUCGUAUUGCACCAUGAAGUGCCUUGCCGGCUUACGCUUCCAGCGGACUCUGGACCCGGGUUGCCCCAAUUACGCUCACCAUCGAACGUCACCAGAUACCACGGUCCAUGAGAUCGAUCUGAACGUCCUGGUCGACCGCGUGCGAUGCCAGCUCAAUUUUGAUGUGGACCAUAACUGUGAUCCUCUGGGCAUCCAGGGUGCGACGGGCGUGCUGUUCAGGGUAACGCAGGUGUCUCACGGGUACACGUUUGUCGCCAAAGGCACAGUUGAUGGGUACCGCCAGCAACUACGCCACGAGGGACAAGUAUACCACCAAUUAUGGCCUAUCCAAGGCGCUGCGACUCCUGUCUACCUGGGCAACAUUGAUCUCAAGUAUCCCUACUUUUAUGACGUCGGAGUCAAAAUUGUCCACAUGCUACUGAUAUCUUGGGGGGGAUAUUCUUUGUAUGAGCGUUCGCCUGCCAUCGACGGGGUCUCGCUUGAAAACGAAAAACAACGAUCGAUGCGCGCUGUUUCGCAGCUGUCCGUGGUGCAUAUGGAUUUGAGGUCACCAAACAUGUUAUGGAAUGACGAGGUGCAGCGAGUGCUCGUGAUCGACUUUGAACGGGCCCACAUACGGCAACAGAAACGGAAGGGAAAGCAUCACUCCGACUCCACGAUCACGCACCUAAGAAGUCCGAAGCGCCAGCGGCAUCAGGACUUGCUUGCUUCCCAUCCCCCGCCUCUGGCACAGAGCAACUCUGCUUGUAUCUGA